UGGAUUGACAAUAGAGCGCUCGCAGUUUGUGCCGGACCCUGUACGAGGUGUCAUAAUCGAGUUUGUUAUGACCAAUGAAUUGCCAGAGAAUAAGAAAAAUGAGGACGCGGCGACCACUGGAAAAAUAGAAAAUGGGAUUGGAGUGUACACUAUUGAUUUUGACUUCAAGCCUAUUCCGGAUUUACGGCCAACGUGGCUGGGUGAGCGCACGAAAAUGGUCGACGGGAAGGACGAGAUUUACAGAACAAACUACAUCAAGGAUGACAGGGACGGUGGCAAGAAAGGCACGAAACGGGAACUGUGGGCGUACCAAGAUUCGGAGAGUGAGUGGACGGUCAUGGCAGAGCAAUUGGAAACGGUGGGCAGCCAAGCGUAUGUCAACUGGAACCCCCACCGGCCCGAUGGCUUGCGCACGAAGAUCAUACUGCAUCCGGGAGAGAGUGCGUGUGUGCGCUAUAUUAUGGCAGGUGGCAUCAAUGCGCAGCAGGCAUACGAUGAGCUGUGGAGGGGCCGAAGGGAGUGGGAACAGUUGUACGACCAGAAAGCAGAACUAUACGACAAGGCGGCGAGGGCGUCGGAUCUGACCAUGAGUGCAGAAGGCAGUGAUAAGAACACCGCCUGGGUGGAGACCUUUGCCACGAUGUUCAGGUGGCUCAAGUAUAACUCGCUGUGGCUGGGUGUGGAUGUGGAAGGGUGGGAAGGCGUGACGCUGUCCGCUGGGUUGGCCGACUAUCCCUGGUUGUUUGGGUGUGACUCGGAAUACGCCAUUCUGGGGCUGAAUGCGCUGGGUCUGUUUGAGCUGUCAGACAACACGCUCAAAACUCUUCACGUUACGAGUGAAAAGGCCAAUAGCAACGGGCGAGUAGUACACGAGGUGUCUACCAAUGGGGCUGUGUAUCACCAUGGCAACCUCAACGAAACGCCACAGUUCGUCACUGCGGUCUGGAACACAUUCCUGUGGACAGGUGACAUCACAAAGCUGGAGUUUCAUUUCGAAUUCAUGAAGAAGGGCAUGGCAUGGCUCGUCUCGCCCGAGAACGACCCUGAUGGCGAUGGAAUACCCAACGGAACGGGAAUGAUUGAGAUUGCGAACAUGGACAAUGAAAUGAUCGAUGUGGCCGUAUAUACCGCCCGUGCUUGGGAACAGCUGGCUAUGAUUACACGCACAAUCAAGGCGUCCGAGGAACUAGCCGUCGACUAUGACAAAAGGGCGAGUAAACUUCGCGCGCAGAUUGCAGAACACUACUGGAUUAAAUCCGAAAAGGCGUUUGCCGAUGUUCGGGGUACGCCGACACAAGCACGCGUACUCGUACUGCAGGCUAUUGAGCGUGCGAAGAAGUUAUCGAAGCCCUGGGCUGUGGCCGAGUUGGAGCUGACGUUGCGCAACAUAGAUAGCACAAUAGCAGAGCAAAGUGAUUUAGGCAACGAUGCGAGCAAGCAGGGUUUUGUGACACACCACAACUGGAUAGUGAACACGCCCAUGGAAGUGGGAUACGGUGACUGUGUGAUGGGUAGGGCAGCCCUCGAUAAGGCGCGCAAUUACACCAAUCCCUUCGGACUGUUUGUCACGGGCAUCGAUCGAGACGAGACUGCGGGAAAUGACUGGGAGGGUGUGGCGAGCACAAAAAGCUCGUUCUCGUACGAGGGUGCUGUGAUGACUCUGGGUACGGGCGUUGUAGCGGUGGGGGAGAGUGUGUAUGGUAGGCCGCAGAAGGCCAUGGAAUAUUUGGAGAUGCUAACACGCAGUUUUAGCUUUGCCCUUCCUGGCAGCCAAUACGAGGUCAGCCCCGAUUUUGGAAUGAUGACUCAAGCGUGGAAUGUCUAUGCGGGUGCGUACCCAGUAGUCUGCCAGUUCUUCGGCAUCGAACCACUGGCGCAUAAAUAUAGCGUAUACUUUAGUCAUCAAAUGCCCAAGCUCUUAUCCGCUACCACGCUGAACGGCAUACGCGUGGGCAAGGCGGGUGUGGUACCUAAAGGUCCGAAACGGAAGAGCGCCGACAACUCAAACUCGAUCUCAGUGCAUUACUCUAAGAUCGCCGUUGGUGUGCGCAAUGGUGUCCAAUUGGAGCGCGUCCAUUGGACAUUCGCCCAAUCAAAUGCCGACUAUGUGCUCUAUCUAAAAAUAGACGGCUCGUGCGUAGGCGACACCAACACAGAAUGUGCCGCCCAAACCUCUGUGGAGAAUAUGUGGAUAGAGGAAGGCGGUGUGAUACAGAAUAAGGUGAAGAGAUAUCAGCGGAACAAGUGCACAUACGUUGCUCUGCACGGCGAACGCAUGUCUGUGGGCUACGUACAGCAGUCGUGACGAAACGAAUGUGUUUCGUAAGCGAAGCGCUGAGGAGUGUGAGAUGGAAGAUAUGUACAGUGCCUAGUCCAGACCAGAACGUUUAGGGUUUUAGAGUGUUAGUGUUUAGUGUACCGUGGGCUACGUGCAACAGUCGUGACGGAACGAUUGUGUUUCGUAGCCGAACGGUUGAGUGGGUGUGAGAUGGAGAAGUGUACAGUGCCUAGUGCAGAUCAGAAUGCGGGGAAUUUAAAAAACCCCUGCAAAUAAAUAUGAUGUGAUUCCUA